CCUUAGGGCUUCCUGUUGGCCGGUAGGGUUAGCCACAUUAUGGCAGGCAGAUCCCGUCAAUGAUUCUUCCUGUGUUGAGAGCUGGUCUUUGACGUGGAUGAGCUCUGAGAAAACACCGGCUGGGAAGCCCCUAAGCGAGACAACAGAACUCAUCUUUACGGGGGUACCUGUGACCCCUGACUCCAGAGAUCCUGGGCCAGCCAAGGCAGAAGGCGGGACCAACACCCUGGAAGAGAACCAGAAGGCAGAGGCAGAGAAAGCCCCAGGCCAGGCUGGCCAGGCUAAGGUGCAAGGGGACACCUCCCAGAGGAUCGAGUUCCAGGCUGUUCCCUCAGAGAGAGCGGAGGUGGGGCAGGCCCUCUGUCUCACUGCCAGGGAGGAAGACUGCUUCCAAAUUCUGGAUGAUUGCCCGCCACCCCCGGCCCCCUUCCCACACAGGAUCGUGGAGCUGAGAACCGGAAAUGUCAACAGUGAAUUCAGCAUGAACUCAAAGGAGGCGCUGGGAGGUGGUAAGUUUGGAGCCGUGUGCACCUGCACUGAGAAAGCCACAGGCCUUAAGCUGGCAGCCAAGGUCAUCAAGAAACAGACUCCCAAGGACAAGGAAAUGGUAUUGUUGGAGAUUGAGGUCAUGAACCAGCUGAACCACCGCAACCUGAUCCAGCUGUACUCGGCCAUCGAGACCUCACAUGAGAUCAUCCUGUUCAUGGAAUACAUCGAGGGCGGCGAGCUCUUUGAGAGGAUCGUGGAUGAGGACUACCAUCUGACUGAGGUGGAUACCAUGCUGUUCGUCAGGCAGAUCUGUGAUGGGAUCCUCUUCAUGCACAAGAUGAGAGUCCUGCACCUGGACCUCAAGCCAGAGAACAUCCUGUGUGUGAAUACCACUGGCCACUUGGUGAAGAUAAUUGACUUUGGCCUAGCACGGAGGCUCUCAAUCUCUCUCAGGUAUAACCCCAAUGAAAAGCUGAAGGUGAAUUUUGGGACCCCGGAGUUCCUGUCACCUGAGGUGGUGAAUUAUGACCAGAUCUCUGACAAGACUGACAUGUGGAGCCUGGGGGUGAUCACCUACAUGCUGCUGAGUGGCCUCUCCCCCUUCCUGGGAGAUGAUGACACAGAGACCCUAAACAAUGUCCUGUCUGCCAACUGGUACUUUGAUGAGGAGACUUUUGAGGCUGUGUCGGAUGAGGCCAAAGAUUUUGUUUCCCAUCUCAUCAUGAAAGACCAGAGCGCCCGAAUGAGUGCGGAACAGUGCCUUGCUCACCCCUGGCUCAACAACCUGGCGGAGAAAGCCAAACGCUGCAACCGCCGUCUGAAGUCCCAGAUCCUGCUUAAGAAAUACCUCAUGAAGAGGCGCUGGAAGAAAAACUUCAUUGCUGUCAGCGCAGCCAAUCGCUUCAAGAAGAUUAGUAGCUCCGGGGCACUGAUGGCUCUGGGGGUCUGAGCCCAGAGCAGCUAAGCCUGGACGCAGCUGCACAGUGGUCAAGGCUGAAGCCACACAGCUCAGAAGGCCAGAGAGAGCCGGCCAGAUCUCUAGAGGAGGCUGGUCAGAGUAAAGUUGCACCAGGCCGGGAGGCUUGGGCUCCCCAGGCCCUUAUUCGAUACCGCUUCUCCUAUGUAAACAUGGAGUGUGGCCUGGAAUCUAUCUUGCUAACGCCUCCUCAGACAGGGCUGUGGCCCAUCAGCCCCACCCAGACUCCAAGGACGUCCAGGCCAUUCCCUAUUCUCUCCCUAGCUUCCCCCUUUGAACUGCUGCCCUGUAGCCUCUGCUUUGCCCCACCUGGGGCACCCUUGCCUGGAGUGGGAUGGCUGGGGGUCCAGCAGGUGGGCUGCUGGGUGGUGGGUGGGAAGCUUCUAGUAGGGUAAGAAUGCAGACCAGCUGCUAGGGGAGACAGAGCGGGCUUUGUGUGAGACGACCUCCACGCCCUGCCUCAUACUCCCAACAGAUCAUCUGGCCUCCUGGCCCCCACCCACUGUUUUGGUGACCACCAACACACAGGAACUCUGUAAGAGAAAGCCAGCCCAGGCCUGGAGUGGUGGAGGUGGUAGUGGUGGUGAUGGUGGUGAGAGGCCUGGGAGACAUAAGACUACCCCCAAGUUCAUCUGAGGACCGAGUCUUCCCAGCCUGGCUACUCUGUGCUCAUCCCAGGGGCAUUCACAACCCCAGACACAGGAAAAAAACGCCAUGGCCCAUGAGGAAUAUGAAGCCACCGGGAAGUCCCCAACCUGCUCUCAGCUUGUGCCGUGUAAAUAAAUACACAGGUUGGAGGCAGCCUCCUUCCCUCUGCACGCGUGCAUAA